CCUUCCCCGAUGAUGGGAUGUUGCUGGUUCGCUUGGCUUUGCUCGGACUUUGCGGCUGGUUGGCGCGUUUGCAGAUCCCUGGCAUUUUCAAAAUUAGUGGUCUGUCGUCUCUGUAACAUAAUUCUUCGUCUCUCUGAAAUUCAAGAGCUUGGCGAGUUGUCAGCACAUCAUCGUUUAGAGAGUCCUCUAAUUCGAAUUGGUCACUCGUCAUCUCGUGUUACUCUCAUCCAGUCUCAAGUGUUAAGACCCCUAGCUCUGCUAGCAUAUGCCAUGUAAGUUGUGAGCCCCAACGACCAUUCCCCCAACCAUUCAACUCUGUAUACCAGUCUAGAUGAUUCGACUCGGGGGUAGCAGGGGAGCCUCCCCC